GCAGCUCGAGAUACAACGUUCAUUAAACUCCCCUUUUCUGGGGCGAGCAUUUGUGUAGGUGGGAAGGAGGGGGGUGAGGAAGAGACUCCGAAGGCUGUCGGUGAGAAGCUCAGAAAAUUCUCCGCAUUACUCAAAAAGCAGCCGGCUAAGAAAUGCAGCAAGUUUUGGAAAACCUAACGGAGCUGCCCACAUCUACAGGAGCAGAAGAAAUAGACCUAAUUUUUCUCAAGGGGAUUAUGGAGAAUCCUAUUGUGAAAUCACUUGCUAAGGCUCAUGAGAGGCUUGAAGAUUCAAAAUUAGAAGCGGUCAGUGACAAUAACUUGGAAUUAGUAAAUGAAAUUCUGGAAGAUAUCAGUCCUCUAAUAAGUGUGGAUGAAAAUGUGGCAGAACUGGUUGGAAUACUCAAGGAACCUCACUUCCAGUCGCUCCUGGAGGCCCAUGAUAUUGUGGCAUCAAAGUGUUAUGAUUCGCCUCCCUCAAGCCCAGAAAUGAAUAAUUCUUCUCUCAAUAAUCAGUUAUUGCCAGUAGAUGCCAUCCGAAUUCUUGGUAUUCACAAAAGAGCUGGCGAGCCAUUGGGUGUAACAUUUAGGGUUGAAAAUAAUGAUCUGGUAAUCGCCCGAAUCCUUCAUGGAGGAAUGAUAGAUCGACAAGGUCUGCUUCAUGUGGGAGAUAUCAUUAAGGAGGUCAAUGGCCAUGAAGUUGGAAACAAUCCAAAGGAAUUACAAGAGUUACUGAAAAAUAUUAGUGGAAGUGUCACUCUAAAAAUUUUACCAAGUUAUAGAGAUACUAUUACUCCUCAACAGAGUUACACCAGUAUGGAGAGGCAUCCAGCCCACGUCCGUCAGGUAUUUGUCAAGUGUCAUUUUGAUUAUAAUCCAUUCAAUGAUAACCUGAUACCCUGCAAAGAAGCGGGACUGAAGUUUUCCAAAGGAGAAAUUCUUCAGAUUGUAAACAGAGAAGACCCAAAUUGGUGGCAGGCUAGCCAUGUGAAAGAGGGAGGAAGUGCUGGUCUGAUCCCAAGCCAGUUCCUGGAAGAGAAGAGAAAGGCAUUUGUUCGCAGAGACUGGGACAAUUCAGGACCCUUUUGUGGAACUAUAAGCAACAAGAAAAAGAAGAAGAUGAUGUACCUCACAACCAGGAAUGCAGAGUUUGAUCGUCAUGAAAUUCAGAUCUAUGAGGAAGUAGCAAAAAUGCCACCCUUCCAGCGAAAAACAUUAGUGUUGAUAGGAGCUCAAGGUGUGGGCAGAAGAAGCUUGAAAAAUAGGUUCAUAGUGCUGAAUCCUGCUAGAUUUGGAACAACGGUACCAUUUACUUCACGGAAGCCCAGAGAAGAUGAAAAGGAUGGACAGGCAUAUAAAUUUGUGUCCCGAUCAGAGAUGGAGGCAGAUAUUAAAGCUGGAAAGUAUUUGGAACAUGGGGAAUAUGAAGGAAACCUCUAUGGAACUAAGAUUGAUUCUAUUCUUGAAGUUGUACAGACUGGAAGGACUUGCAUUUUGGAUGUCAACCCACAAGCAUUGAAAGUGUUGAGGACAUCGGAGUUCAUGCCUUAUGUGGUAUUUAUUGCUGCUCCAGAGCUAGAGACCCUGCGUGCCAUGCACAAGGCUGUGGUGGAUGCAGGAAUCACCACCAAGCUUUUGACGGACUCUGAUUUGAAGAAAACAGUGGAUGAAAGUGCACGGAUUCAGAGAGCUUACAACCACUACUUUGAUUUGAUCAUCGUAAACGACAAUCUAGACAAAGCCUUUGAGAAACUGCAAACUGCCAUUGAGAAACUAAGAAUGGAGCCACAGUGGGUCCCUAUUAGCUGGGUGUACUGAUGAUUCGAUAAGGCUAACAGUUAAAUAAAACUUUUAAAAAGUGA